ACUCCGAGCGCCCAGCGCGCGGGAGGUAUUGUGCUUCACCCCAGCUUUGUUCAGUCGUCUGCUCACCUGGCUCUGGGUGCGUCCUGGCGGUGCAACCCGGAGCGGGUGCCAGCAGCCGCAGCCGCCGCCGCCAUGGUGUCCCCGGUCACUGUGGUGAAGAGUGAAGGACCCAAACUGGUGCCCUUCUUUAAGGCUACCUGUGUGUAUUUUGUGCUCUGGCUGCCUUCAUCCAGCCCAUCGUGGGUCAGCGCCCUUAUCAAGUGCCUGCCCAUCUUUUGCCUCUGGCUUUUUCUUCUGGCUCAUGGUGUUCGAUUCCUGCUGGCUCACCCCAGUGCCUCCCUCAUCUUCGUGGGACUUGUCUUUUCUGCUGUGGGUGAUGCCUUCCUCAUCUGGCAGGACCACGGAUACUUUGAACAUGGUCUCCUGAUGUUUGCUGUGGCACACAUCCUCUAUGCUGCAGCCUUUGGCAUGCGGCCACUGGCUCUGCGGACAGGCCUGGUGAUCGGAGUGCUGUCAGGCCUGUGCUAUGCCCUGCUCUACCCUGGGCUGUCAGGUGCUUUCACCUACCUGGUGGGGGUUUAUGUGGCCCUCAUCAGCUUCAUGGGCUGGAGAGCUAUGGCAGGGCUGCGGUUGGUUGGGGCAGCCUGGCGGUGGACGGAGCUGGCGGCCGGCGGUGGUGCUCUGCUCUUCAUCCUCUCGGACCUGACCAUCGCUCUCAACAAGUUCUGCUUCCCUGUGCCCUACUCCCGGGCGCUGAUCAUGUCUACCUACUAUGCUGCUCAGAUGCUCAUUGCCCUGUCAGCUGUCGAGAGCCGAGAGCCAGUGGGAGAAGACUACAGACUGAGCAAGGCCGACUGAAGGGACUGGGGUCUGCUCACCUUUCUCUUGGGGCUGGGGGCCCAGACUUUGGGGUCAUGCAGGAGCUGGAUCAGUAGGCGGCUUCUGGGAAAGGGGCAGGCUUGAAGGGGGGUAAGCUGAAGGGGCUCCCAGGAAAGCUGGUAGUCCAGGAUGACCUGGAGAGUUCAAAGAGGCAGCCUCACAUCCCUCACCUGAGUCAGAGGUAGACAUCUCCUCACCCCAUCAGGACUGUCAAAGCCCUCCUGGAAGGUGAUGGUGCUUUUUGACCCCUCUCUUUUUAUUAGAUGCAAGAGUGCGACUUUCUCUUACGCCCAGGACCAAUGGCAGUGCCAGGCCCCUCCAUUCCCACCUUUUCUCUUCCAAGAUGAGCCACGAAUGAGGAGUCCUGAAAAGCUCCUUCCCCAGGCUCCCUAGUUAGGAAGACUGGUUGAAGGUGGAGCCUUGUUUUCUGUGUCCAACCUUGUUACUUCAGCAGUCUUUUAAGUGGCAAAUGGCUGUCUCUCCAUGGUAGAGGGACUUGGUUGGUCUGGAAGCUUGAGGGCACCAAGGUUUCAGAUUGGUCCUUGUUCUCUCACAGGCCAGCUCAGGCCUCAUACCAUCACCCUCAGUCUCUGUCCCCAGGGCUAGGGUGGACCAUGCCAAAGGAAGGGGCCAGUCUCCAACUAAUGUCUUUGUCCUACUGUCUGCAAAAGACCUAAAGUGGCGGGCCUCAGCUCCUGAGGGGUGCUUAACCCAGCUCAGAGCUGCCCCCCACCCCCACCCCAGCACACCAACAAUGCUUUCUUCCUGCUCUGGGAGUGAGUUCUAAAUGACACUUUAGGGUCUUAGACCCAAAGCACAGUCAAUGCAAGGGGAGCGAGGAUGGGGUAACUCCAUCCUCUACUGCCCGUGUGAAAAAAAUAAAAUAAAAUAAAAACCCAA